UACCCUCCCUAAAGACGUAAAAUGGCAUCAUUGUUGGCCCUGUUUGUGUUGGUUGGUUCCGCCUUCAGUGUGGAAGGAUGGCCGACUGGGGCGCCGGUGUCGCAGUGCGGGUCCAUGCGGCCCGGGCACGGCCUUCCUCCGAGGGACGGCGGCGGCGGCUACGGCGUGUUCCUCACCCCGACGGCGACACCGGGCGAGUGGACCGUCACGCUGAACGGCACCUCCGGAUUCCGCGGGUUCCUCCUCCAAGCCCGUACCGAGACGGACGGCGACAUCGUCGGGACCUGGGGCGACCUACCCCCGAGGACCAAGCUGGUCGCCUGUGGUGGAUCUCCAGAUAGCGCUGUGACACACACCAACCCAGACCGACUGCAUUUUCACAGCCUACACUUCGUCUGGAAAACAGACACUUGCGACAGCCCGGCAGUGUAUUUCCAGACUACUGUUGUCACAAAUUACGCCGAAGUUUACGAAGGUGUUCGCUCAGACGUCUUGCGUAACGUCUGUGUCGAGCGGCCUACACAAAACCCGGCGUCUGACCCCGUUGAAAUCGCGUCCGUCGGCGAGGACUGCGCCGCGCCCCGAGAGAUCUUGCACGGGUACGUCCGCGAAGGCCCUGCGGAAGUGAGGGACGGCGAAACCGUCACCAGGCUUUUCCACUACAGCUGUAAAGAAGGGCACGAACUGGUCGGACAAGAAAGGAUACUGUGUCAGAGUACUUAUAACGAGGAGGAACGCGGCCACUCUGCCCGCCACACGGCGCCAGACCGCAGCCCGCAUGCCGACGGAGCUCCCGCGGAAGAACGCGCCUCCAGAGGAGGUCACCACAGGUCACACCGCGGGCACCAUCACAGGUCGUCACGACAGACGACAGGCAUGUUUGAAAGCGUGACAGACUUGGCCCUGCCGCCGGACCAGACGUCCAACCCGCCGCAGAAGAACUACGGAGUCGCCGUCACCGACGUCGAUCACGACGGCAACAUGGAGUUCGUCGUCGCCGGCUACAACGGCCCUAACCUAGUCCUGAAGUGGAACGCGGAAGCCCAGAGAUAUGAGAACAUCGCAGUGGACGAUCCCAACUCGCCCUACUACCCUCUGCGUGACGUCACCGGUGACGCAAUCGGCGUAGCGGCCUGUGAUAUCGACGGCGACGGUUGGGAGGAAAUUUACUUCUUAAACCUCAACCACAGUUACUCCGGAGGGCCCACCACGGGACACCGGCUGUUCAGGCUCCACCAGGGCCGGUACAUGGACGUGUUCGCGGAGGGAUACAACCGGGCGGUGGACGGGCGCUUCGCCGGGCGGUCUGUGGCCUGCAUAGACAGGAAGGGUAACGGCCUGUACUCCGUGUAUGUGGCCAACUACGCGCACUAUAACAUCGGCCCGCAGGGGCUCAUAGAGAUGGACCCGGACACCAGCGACCCUGGGAACGGGAUCAUUAGGCUCAAGAACGUCGCUAAGGAGGCUGGGGUCGAGAAGCUGACAGGCGGUCGGGGUGUGACGGUGGGCCCGAUUGUGAACGAGAGGAACAUGUCGGACAUCUUCUGUGGGAACGAGAGGGGGCCGAACUUCCUGUUUGAGAACCAGGGAGACGGGACCUUCCAGGACAUGGCGGAGCGGGCAGGGAUCCUUGAUGCCGACAGACAUAACGACCACUGGCAUUCCCGUAACGGCCGCGGGGUGGCGCUUGCAGACUUUAACGGGGACGGUUUGGUGGAUAUCGUGAACGGGAACUGGAUGGGCCCGCACCGGCUGUGGAUCCAACAGAGGCGGGAUGGAACGGCCACAUUCAGGGAUUUGGGCGGAACCAAUGCCGCUUUCCAGAACCCCUCCCCAGUCAGAACGGUGAUCGCCAACGACUUUGACAACGACGGGCAGAUAGAAGUCUUCUUCAACGACAUCGUCAACUGGCGUCACGGACCAACCGCUCCGAACAGGUUGUUCAAGGUCACCCGCCAGGGGGCGGAACUGGACCCUACCAUUGACCAGUUAGACGUAGGGGACGCACUGGAGCCAGAAGGGUACGGUACAGGUGGCGCGGCGGCUGACUUGGACGGUGACGGUCAGCUGGAGUUGAUCCUCGCGCACGGGGAAUCGAACACCCAACCUCUGACCGUCUUCAGGGUCACUCAAGGUCAGGGCAACAACUGGAUCCGGAUCUACCCGACCACCAAGUACGGAGCUCCGGCCCGAGGGUCAAGGGUCACGAUCCGUACGGCCAGCGGUGACGUCCAGCUCAGGGUCAUAGACGGGGGGUCAGGGUACCUGUGUCAGAUGGAGCCCAUUGCGCACUUUGGCCUGGGGACCGACACUGCCGUACAGGUGGAGGUCACGUGGCCCGACGGACGGCAGUUCUCGCGAGAGUUGAACCCACGCGAGAUGAGACAAACGGUGACCAUCAAGCACCCGGAUGCAGACAGUCUGGAAAUGCACCAGGGGAGAAGGCCUAGAUGUGUACCCAUUGCGUGUGAAGAUCCCCCCUCCGUGGAGAAUGGACAAGUCCUCGGCGAGGGUCGCAGGUACAAGGACGUCGUCACCUACAGCUGUAGUGCCGGGUAUCGCCUACAGGGGGCGCCCUCCGCCGUGUGCCAGGCAGGCAAGCAGUGGGUGUUCACCGCUAGUGAUGAGCCAAGAUGUGUGGAACUGCGAACAUGGGAUCAGGUGACGUUUUCGGAGCUGACCCGCGGGCUGGCGUCACGUGACCUGCUGGUGAUCGACGUGCGGCAGCCGUUGGAACUGCAGCGGGACGGGGCGAUCCCGGGGGCCGUCAACAUCCCGAUGCACCAGUUGGAGUCCGCCCUGCGGAUGUUGGACCAGGCCUUCCAGCAGAGGUUCGGCGUCACGAAGCCUCAGCCGGACGCUGAUAACGUCGUCUUCACCUGCCGGACUGGCGUCAGGGCGCGGCGGGCACAGCGGCUGGCACGACGGCUCGGGUUCUCAAGGUGGGGACUCGUUUUACCAAGCAUCUGUUUCCUCACGAUCACUCGAAUCACUUGA